AUGACUUCCCCAACAACGGCGGCACCUUCGGUGCCUCCAUCCCUCUCACUCCCACCCUCACAAUUCGCCCGCCUUCAACCACACGCCUACCUCCUUGCUCAUCUUUCCCCACCACCAGCGAUGAACCAGCCCUCCGUCCGGGCCAAUGGCCGCGCUGCGUCCCAAUUCCGAGUCACAUCCGCCAACGCAGGCUCCUUGACCCACACAAAUGGCAGCGCCGUGGUGCGCAUCGGCGACACAGCCGCCGUGUGUGGUGUACGUGCCGAACUGCUACACACAGAGGACAUUGCAUCGUGGAGCGUAUCCCAGUCUUCGUCCGCUACAAACAACAAAUCCAAUGGAGCUGGUGGUGAAGAAACUGAUGCCGAAACCGAAGAAGACCGCGCUCACAUCGAAGACCUCAACUUGCUCGUCCCCAACCUUUCCUUGAGCACCGGCUGUGCACCGGGCUUUAUUCCUUCCGCCCCGCCUUCAGCGCUGGCUCAGUCGCUCUCACAUCAGAUUCUGUCGCUUCUUCACAGCACACGCCUCGUCAAGGCAGAUGAUUUGCGUGUUUGGUAUCAACCGCCAAAUUUGGGUCCGGAGUCAGAACAUAAUGAGAAUGAGAUGGAUGUGGAUGGCAGCAGUGAGAACCGCCAGCCUCGCGAGAUCAAGGCUUUCUGGGUGCUCUACAUUGAUGUCAUGAUAAUCUCACUGGCGGGUAACGCCUUCGAUGCGGCGUGGGCCUCGGUUCUGGCUGCUCUACGCGACACAAAGCUUCCUAAGGCAUGGUGGGAUGUGGAUAACGAGACCAUUCUCUGCUCGGAAGAUGUCAACGAAGCUCACAAACUUUCUCUGCGCGGCAUGCCGAUUGCCAGUUCGUUCUGUGUUUUCGAAGCCGAUGCUGCUGCUGGGUGGCGGGCUGUUGUUAUCCCGGAUGUCGAGCAGCAGAACGCGAAGAAGCAAAAGAAGAAGGAUUCUCAGACCAGGUGGAUUCUUGCAGAUCCUGAUGGAUACGAGGAAGGGUUGACAAUGGAGAAGGCCUGCGUUGUUGUUGAUAAGGAGAAUGGGAAGACGGUUAUCUUGAAGAUGGAGAAACUCGGUGGUUGGACGAUUGAUACGGAAGAUCUCCGACAAUUGGUGGAUAUCUCGGCGCAGCGAUGGGAUGAGAUGAAACAGAUACUAGGAUAA